GCAGAUGCACCUCCCAACUUGUGUUUGUUAUGACACAAAUUUUGUAACAGGGCAAGACAGGGUGAUAUUUGUUUAUUCACAUUGCCCUGGAAAAUCACAGGACGCGCUUGACCAGUGUCACAGCAACAUUUACGGUGAAUAAUCAGCGCUCUAAAUGUUUCCAGGCUGUAGAUUUUCCCUCCAAGCACGGAGUUGCAUACGCACACUAAAGUCAGUUCAAGUGGAGCAUGUUGCUCCUCAGGUGUACUCCACACGAUGUUGCUCCUCUGUCUCUGUGCCACGAAUAACCACUCAUUACACAGUGCACCCCAGAGAGAAGGAUCCACGAUGGGAAGGUGUGGAAAUGGAACGCUUUGCGGAUGAGGCAGAUGUUGUCAUUGUGGGUGGCGGCCCAGCGGGCCUAUCAGCAGCCAUCCGGCUGAAGCAGCUGGCCAAUCAGCAUGAGAAGGAGCUGCGGGUCUGUGUGGUGGAGAAAGCAUCUCAGCUUGGAGCUCACACGUUGUCUGGAGCCUGUCUAGAGAUCACUGCACUGCAUGAGCUCAUUCCUGACUGGAAAGAGAGAGGGGCACCACUGAAUACUCCAGUUACAGAGGACAAAUUUUCAAUUUUCACAGAAAAAUACCGCAUUCCUGUUCCAAUAUUACCAGGGCUCCCAAUGAAUAACCAUGGGAACUACCUGGUGCGUCUGGGGCAUUUUGUUCGCUGGCUGGGGGAGCAGGCGGAGGAGCUGGGAGUGGAGCUGUACCCUGGUUACUCUGCAGCUGAGGUGCUGUUUCAUGAGGAUGGAAGUGUGAAAGGAAUUGCAACCAAUGAUGUUGGCAUUUCCAAAGAUGGAUCUCCAAAGGAUGUGUUUGAGAGAGGCAUGGAGCUCCACGCUAAGGUCACUAUGUUUGGGGAAGGCUGCCACGGACACCUGGCUAAGCAACUCUACAAGCAGUUCAACCUCAGGGAGAACUGUGAGCCACAGACUUACGCUAUCGGCCUUAAAGAGCUUUGGGUUAUCGAUGAGAAGAAGUGGCGUCCAGGGCGGACGGAGCACUCCGUUGGCUGGCCCCUGAACAGGAACACGUAUGGCGGCUCCUUUCUGUACCACCUCAAUGAGGGAGAGCCACUGGUAGCCCUGGGCUUUGUUGUGGGUUUGGACUACACUAAUCCUUAUCUGAGCCCUUUCAGAGAAUUCCAGCGUUGGAAACACCACCCCUUUAUAAAGUCUACCCUAGAGGGUGGCAACAGGAUAGCAUAUGGAGCCAGAGCCCUCAAUGAAGGGGGUUUUCAGUCAGUUCCUAAGCUGACAUUCCCAGGCGGCAUGUUGAUAGGAUGCAGUCCAGGCUUCAUGAACGUGCCGAAGAUCAAAGGCACGCACACGGCCAUGAAGAGUGGCAUGUUGGCGGCUGAAGCUGCCUUCAGCAAAAUCACAGAUGAAAAUCUGCAGUCUGAAACAGCAGGUCUAUAUGUUCCUGAAUAUGAGGAAGAUUUGAAAAAGUCCUGGAUCUGGAAGGAGCUGCAUGCUGUAAGGAACAUUAGACCAUCGUUCCAUAACUACUUUGGCCUCUAUGGAGGGAUGGUGUACACUGGAAUCUUCUACUGGAUUUUCAGAGGAAAAGAACCAUGGACUCUGAAGCAUAAUGGUCUGGAUGCUGAUCAGCUCAAGCCAGCAAAGGAAUGUACACCCAUUGAGUAUCCAAAACCCGAUGGCAAAAUCAGCUUUGAUCUCUUGUCAUCUGUCGCCUUGAGCGGGACCAAUCAUGAGCACGACCAGCCGGCCCAUCUGACGCUAAAAGAUGACAGUGUUCCCGUGGCACAAAACCUUGCAAUUUAUGACGGCCCUGAGCAGAGGUUCUGUCCUGCUGGUGUGUAUGAGUAUGUUCCUCUAGAGACAAGCGAUGGCAUGAGAUUACAAAUCAACGCACAAAACUGUGUCCACUGCAAGACUUGUGACAUCAAAGACCCCAGCCAGAACAUCAACUGGGUUGUGCCUGAGGGCAGUGGGGGACCAGCCUACAAUGGCAUGUGAUUUUAGUAUUAAAUAUUAUUUGCUUUUUUUUUUUUUUUUACUGUUAGAACAUAUCACAGGUUACAAAAUCACAUGCCUCUGUUAUAUUAUUAAACUUUUAAUGUCUUCCUAUGUGCCUGAGGAAUGAAACUGAAUGUAUUCAUAUCCUCACUGAUAUGAGCAUGAAGUGUAAUUACAUCAAGCUGCAUAUUUCAAGUUUGAUCAAAUUGUACUAUUUGAAAUAAUUGUAUUUAUAAUGUCUGUCAUAAGAGUAAAAUUAAAUGUAGUCUAUUGGAUUAACAACCACAUUUGAGCCCAAACUAUGAAACCGUUUAUGCAGGAACUGUAAACUAACAAUUGUGUAUAUAUUGUCAUUGUUGGUGACUGUAACAGUUGGUUGAAAUAAAUGAAUUGUUCC